UUCGUUUCCCAGCUAUUUAAACUGGUACAACGCUUCAACAGCAUUUUCAUUUGUAGUUCCUUUUUCUAUAUUUAUUGUACUCUUAAGUUCUGGGGUACAUGUGUAGAUUGUGCAGGUUUGUUACAUAGGUUUAACGUGCCAUGGUGGUUUUCAAUCAUUUGUAAUUUCAAAAUCUGAAAUAGCUUUUGGAUUUUGAAGAUCUCCUCAUGUCUACAUGCAAAAUAUUCAAUUCCUUUUCUUUCAUCUCUCAAUGGUUGAUGUCAACCAUUGAGAAGGGAGAGAAUAUUUUUUUUUCCUUGUAGGGUUUUUCCUUCCUCAUGUGGUUGAGAUUAUGUAAUGGACACAGAGGAAACAGACAUACCCUACCCUCCAUGAGCCCAUAGCCUCUUCAGGAAGGCCCCCCAGCCAUGAAGCUCCUUCAGCGUGAGAAGCACCAGGCUGGAGUGCAAUGGCAUGAUCUCGGCUCACCGAAACCUCCACCUCCUGGAUUCAGGCAAUUCUCCUGCCUCAGCCUCCUGAGUAGCUGUUCUGGAGGAUGGAAAUCCAAUAUCCAGGCUAAUUUGAUUUCUGAUCCACAUCUUCAUUUGAAUAUUGAGGAAUCAAACCAAGAGUUUAUGGGGAAAAGUGAAGAACUCUGCGACUCCCUCAUGAAUUGCCACUGGCAGCCGCUGGAUACAGUUGACUCAGAAAUUCCAGAUGCCACCCCAAAGUGAAGCAAGAUGUUCAUUACGCUCCCAGUUAUCAUAUUAAUUGUGUUUUCUUUUGUUUAGGGAAAAAAGUAGUUCUCCCAGGAAGGUACUGGAUUCGUAUAUGAAAACUAGCAUCCAGGGCUUACCUGUGAUUGACAUAAGAGAACAUUAAUGUAAAUAAACUUCACCAGCCACAUCUGUUCCUGGAAGUGUGUUAUAUUAGUGAAGUGUCAGAAGAGCUCAUGUGGUGAUCAUGGUAGAACAACCUGUGCUACACAAACCCUCGGAAAAUAGGUUUAAUAUGAGGUGGAUUUGAGCUGAACCGAUUGUGGCAUUGCUACUAUGAUCCGAUUUGCUGCUUUCUGAAACUUCAACUCUCUUAGAAAUUAUAUCCAUAGGCAAUGUAAGGUUCCUUGCUUCUGUCUUGUCUAGAAAAUGUUGUUAGAACUGGAUGCUUGAUCUCCAUUUCCUGGCCCCAUGAGAGAGAGCUAAAGGUGGUGGUAAAGACUCAAUUGAACAGAAAGAUUCCUAAGCAUCAGGCUGGGCAUGGUGGCUCACACCUGUAAUUUCAGCACUUUGGGAGGCUGAGGCGGGAGGAUCAGCUGAGGUUGGGGAGAUCGAUAUCAGCCUGACCAACAUGGAGA